UAUUGAUCAGUGAAACUACCUUGUCGUCCAUGAUAGGUAUCCAUGAAACCUCGUCCCCGGUUGCCACAUAUCGCGCGAGACGAGUCGGCGGAAGCGUGUCACAGAACUCAGAGGCUCCAUACGCCGGAACACGGAACAAAGACCCCGAUCACCUCACGGCUGUGGAUCGCCAGAAACUUUGCGUGUCUUUCGCGUUCACCACGGAUUACUUAUGUACUCGGACAGCUCUGGCACUGGGCCUGCUCGGGGCAUAUUGGUUCCCUCCUCGCCACGUGUCAAGUCAACGGUGAAUAUAUACAUGACGUGACACGAUAAGUUUCCAGCUUUCCCCCCCGUUCACGAAGACCCACGGAUGGCUGAGAUAGUCUCUUCCGCCGAAGAUCUUCCGCUCAUCCCAGAUGACCUGACAGUCCCGCAAUUCAUUCUAGAUUACCACCACCCCUGCCGUCCUCUUCGCAGGCACGACAUCCCAUGGUUCAUUGACGGGCAGACAGGGAACAAAGUUGGGCUGGAAGAGCUUCGUGCUCGCACCUAUGGUCUCGCAAACGGGCUCAAAAUUAAGUACGCUAUAAAGGAGGAUGACCUCGUUCUCAUACACAGUCCAAACCACAUUGAUUACCCCGUCGCCAUGUGGGCGGUUCACAGGUUAGGGGCUAUUAUUUCUGGGGCCAACGCAUCUUUCACCACAGACGAGCUUGUAUACCAUGUGAAUAUGGUCAAACCCGCGAUACUCAUAUCGCACCCUGACUGCGUGCACGUUGCCUACUUGGCAGCAAGAGCGACAGGCAUCGAUGCCAAUCGUAUUCUUGUGUUUGAUGACCGCGGGUCUUGCACUCCUGGCGCGACCACCGUCCAGAGUCUAAUCACCCUUGGUUUAGCCAGUCCUCCAGGUUUCACCGAGAGAAGGUUGAACCCUGGCGAAGGGAAGACGAAAGUUGCAUUUGUGAAUCUUUCCAGUGGCACCACCGGAAAACCUAAGGUUAUCGCAAUAUCGCACUACACGCCAAUCGCCACCUCGAUUCAAGUAGCUUUUCAUCUCAGGGUUAAUGACGACAAAGUACCAUGGGAAGAACGAAGGUUCAGACCUGGAGACGUAGCGUCUGCUGUCCUCCCAAUUUACCAUAUCUUUGGAUUGGCUUAUAAUCUCCAUUUCAUGCUUUUCUGCGGGAUGACGCUAGUCUUGAUCAACAAAUUCAACCUUGUUAACCUUCUUCGAACCAUUGAAAAGUUCCGCAUCACACAUCUACCGCUCGUGCCUCCUCAGAUCGUCCUCAUCUGCAAGUACCCUAAGGUCCGGGAGUAUGACCUGAGCUCCGUUCGGUUCAUCAAAACAGGGGCUGCUCCGCUCGCCAGUGAGACAAUGAACCAAGUUGCACCACUGUUCCCAGGUGCACAUAUUGAACAGGGUUAUGGCACAACUGAAGCAUCAACAAUUGCGCUCUGUCCUUUGGAGACAAAGACCGACUUGAGUGGCAGCUCUGGUGUCCUGUUACCCGGUAUUUCGGCCAGGGUUGAGAGACCCGAUCGCUCUCUAGCUGACUGGGGUGAGUUGGGCGAGUUGGUGAUCAAGUCACCAGCGCUGGCUUUGGGGUAUACCAACGAUUCCGAAGCGCACAAGGAGACAUUUUCGGAUGGCUGGUACAGGACCGGAGACGAGGUUAGACUACUCAAGACUGGCCAUCUCUUCGUCGUCGAUCGUCUGAAGGAAAUAUUGAAGGUCAAAGGCUAUCAAGUCUCUCCCGCGGAAUUGGAAGGCUGCAUACUCGAACAUCCAGAUACCACGGACACUUGUGUUGUAGGUGUACCGGAUGAGUAUAGCGGCGAGCUUCCCAUGGCAUUUGUCGUCUUGAACCCCCAGACUGCCGCGCGGGUCCGAGAAGACCCGCGCGUUGCGGGAGAAGUAAAGCAAUCCAUCAUUCAGUACGUAGCAAGUAAGAAGGCAGCUUACAAGAGACUCGCUGGGGGCAUCGAGUUCAUCGAUGCUAUUCCGAAGGCACCAACGGGGAAGCUACUUAGACGGGUCUUGCGUGAUAGGGCAAGGAAGGAGCGAGCGAAAUUAUGAGGGAUACCUUACGGAAGUCGUUUACGCAUUCGCAUCUAGGAACUACAUAAUGAAUAUGCAC